CAGUAAUAGCAAUUCAUAAAAGCCAGUUCCAGCCCUUGUCUUCAAGGCUCCUGGAUUUUCCACUGCCUGCUUUUGUGUAAGUGAAGUGGAUGGAAGUGCUACUGGCAUCAGAAUCCACCUCCCUGUACUCCGUUGCUAGAGCUCAGUUGCUCGGCUGGAGCUGAGCUAAACAGAAGCAUCGGAUCUGAGCUGAAUUGUGGCUGUUUUUUUUUUCUUUUCCUCUAUGAGGGGGCGGGUUAGGGAUAAUGUAUAGUGGGGGCUUACUGUUCUUUGGCUUUUCUUUUUGUGGAGAGAAAAGGGUAAGGAGAGAAUAACUCACGGUACAAUACAGCGUGAAACAGUUCCCUGAAGAGUGUCACAAUGUUCCUGGUACAAUAUACAGGAUUGAACCAGCUGCCCUUUGACCCCGCCAACAACAACGAGCCCCUGCAAUUUGGUAGUGCCAGUGGUCCUCUGGUCACAGAAGGUCUCACUGAGAAUGGAGGGGACUCAAGCAAGAAAAGAAAGAGAACAAAUGCUCCUUCAGCUGAUAAUAGUAGAACUCUGAAUGUAGAUUCCACUGCAAUGACGCUGCCUAUGUCUGAUCCAACUGCGUGGGCCACAGCAAUGAAUAAUCUUGGAAUGGCACCGCUGGGAAUUGCUGGACAACCAAUUUUACCUGACUUUGAUCCUGCUCUUGGAAUGAUGACUGGAAUUCCGCCAAUAACUCCAAUGAUGCCUGGUUUGGGAAUAGUGCCUCCACCAAUUCCUCCAGAUAUGCCAGUAGUAAAAGAGAUCAUACACUGCAAAAGCUGCACACUCUUCCCUCCCAACCCAAAUCUCCCACCUCCUGCAACCCGAGAAAGACCACCAGGAUGCAAAACGGUAUUUGUGGGCGGUCUGCCUGAAAAUGGGACAGAGCAGAUCAUUGUGGAAGUGUUCGAACAGUGUGGUGAGAUCAUUGCUAUCCGGAAGAGCAAAAAGAACUUCUGUCACAUUCGCUUUGCUGAGGAGUACAUGGUGGACAAAGCCCUUUAUCUAUCUGGUUACCGAAUUCGCCUGGGCUCUAGUACUGACAAGAAGGACACAGGCAGGCUCCACGUUGACUUUGCACAGGCACGAGAUGACCUGUAUGAAUGGGAAUGCAAGCAGCGGAUGCUAGCAAGAGAGGAGCGCCACCGGAGACGGAUGGAAGAAGAAAGACUGCGUCCACCAUCCCCACCGCCAGUGGUCCACUAUUCAGAUCAUGAAUGCAGCAUUGUUGCUGAAAAACUUAAAGAUGAUUCCAAAUUCUCAGAAGCAGUACAGACCUUGCUCACCUGGAUAGAGCGAGGAGAGGUGAAUCGUCGCAGUGCCAACAACUUCUACUCCAUGAUCCAGUCAGCCAACAGCCAUAUCCGCCGUCUGGUGAAUGAGAAAGCUGCUCAUGAAAAAGACAUGGAGGAAGCAAAGGAGAAGUUCAAGCAAGCCCUGUCUGGAAUUCUCCUCCAAUUUGAGCAGAUAGUGGCUGUGUACCAUUCUGCCUCCAAACAGAAGGCUUGGGACCACUUCACAAAAGCCCAGCGUAAAAAUAUCAGCGUUUGGUGCAAACAAGCUGAGGAAAUUCGCAACAUUCAUAAUGACGAAUUAAUGGGGAUCAGACGAGAAGAAGAAAUGGAAAUGUCUGAUGAUGAAAUAGAAGAAACAACUGAAACAAAAGAAACUGAGGAAUCAGCCUUAGUAUCACAGACAGAGGCUCUAAAGGAAGAAAAUGACAGCCUCCGUUGGCAGCUAGAUGCGUAUCGGAAUGAGGUAGAACUACUCAAACAAGAACAAGGCAAAGCCCAAAAGGAAGAUGACCCAAACAAGGAACAGCAGCUGAAACUCCUGCAACAGGCCCUACAAGGAAUGCAGCAGCAUCUCCUCAAAGUUCAAGAGGAGUACAAAAGGAAAGAAGCUGAACUUGAAAAACUCAAAGAUGACAAGUUACAGGUGGAAAAAAUGUUGGAAAAUCUUAAAGAAAAGGAAAACUGUGCUUCUAGACUGUGUGCAUCAAGCCAGGAAAGCGACUACCCUCUUGAGAAGACCAUGAACAGCAGUCCUAUCAAAUCUGAACGAGAAGCGCUGCUAGUGGGGAUUAUCUCCACGUUCCUUCAUGUUCACCCAUUUGGAGCAAGCAUUGAAUACAUCUGUUCCUACUUGCACCGUCUUGAUAAUAAGAUCUGUACCAGUGACGUGGAAUGCCUCAUGAGUAGACUCCAGCAUACCUUCAAGCAGGAAAUGACCGGAGUUGGAGCCAGCCUGGAGAAGAGAUGGAAAUUCUGUGGCUUUGAAGGCUUGAAACUGACCUGAAUCUCUUUGCCUACCAUAGGAUCCUGAAAAUAAAUAUGUGUUGGACAAGCUUAGAAAAGUGAUUUGUGUUUUCAAUGAUUUUCAAGUGGAAGUUGCUUUAAAUUUGUCAGUUCAUUCCUUGAGUAUCUUUUAAAUUGAAAUACGGAUCCUGGAAUAGCACUUCAAGCUACAGGUCCGAAGAAGAAUUUGCCUCAAACCUCAAGUGCUGUAACUCCCUCCCCUUUCUGGCAAUUGGUUCUUUUCUUAUUAGUAGUAUUGAAAAAGUCCUCUGACUAAAGAGUAUUUGGAGUGUUUUCAGUGUUUGUACUACUGUUGUAGACCUUGGUAUUUUUUUUAAAAAAAACUGUUAAUUGAAAUGUUUUAAUGAUUCAUAUGUGAUUUGUGUUUCCAAACUUUUCAUGUUAAUGUUGCUGCUACUGGAUAGGAAUUAGAGGAGCACUAAGUACUCUGUGUAACUGCCAUUGUCUUUCUAAUCUCUAGUAGACCAGUAAAUGAAUAACGCAUCAGUGUCCUCUGGUUGGUGCUUACCAGGUUGACCUUUGAAACAACAAAGCAUGGUUUGUGGCUUUUUGCAAAAUUACUCUGAACCAAAAGUUGACAAAUGUUCCAAAGUUGUUAUUUUUUCCAGUAGUUAAAAAAGGUCUAUUUAGAAUUUCAAAAAAAUAAAUCUAGAUGUCUUCACCAAAAGCAAGUAUUCAGUAUGACUAGCAUGUGUUUGUGCUAUUCAAAAAUCUCUUGUAAAUAGUCUGCUUUUAAAGGAGAGCAUGAUUAGUUUUCUAUGAAUUGAAAUGCAUUCACAGGUGGGUGCGUGCACAUUAGCAGAAGGAAUUUAUUGAAGUACUCUCCCCUCUGGCCUUCUGAAGUCUGUUGGUCCCUUUUUUCUGCUGUCAGUGUGUCAAACUGCAAACUGCGUACUACUGUAAAUACUAUGUUUACUUCGUGCUGAAUGUUUGCCAAGAGUUGAUAUGAGGAUAUGAGUAUUAAUAGUAAUGAACUAGUGGGUAAAUAAUGGGCCAAAGUGUUGAGGUUUCCUACAAAUCGGUCUGCUCUACCUGGAGCGCUGAUUGCUGGGGACACCUCCUGUUCUACUAUGCCCCAACAGCAGGUUGCAAAGGUGGCAUGGAAGUGGAUCGUUUAGGAAGUUCUGCUUGGUAGAAAAUGAAAGGAAAGGAUAGGGCUUUGGGGCUAGAACGGGCUUUAUUUAUUUAUUUUUGUGGUAGCAGCUAUGGGGCUUAGAACAUAAGCCUGCCCUCCCUUGAACUGCCUGGAAGGUAAGAGGAUGCACUGAAUAAGCAAAGCCAGUGGAGAGUGUUCCACAAAAAGACUUUGUAAAUGAGAUGCCAGUAGUGUUCAAAGUUGUAUUUUUAA